AUGCCCCUCAACCUCCCUACUCUGUUUCUCCCAAAGCUUGUAAAUGCCCCGAACAUGAGCCAGCCCAGGCCCCGCUACGUGGUAGACAGAGCCGCAUACUCGCUCACCCUCUUUGAUGACGAGUUUGAGAAGAAGGACCGGACGUACCCACUGGGAGAGAAACUUUGCAACACUUUCAGAUGUUCCUCAGCCAAGAUCAAAACCGCAGUGUUCGGGCUGCUCCCCAUUCUCUCUUGGCUCCCCAAGUACAAGAUCAAAGACUACAUCAUCCCCGACAUUCUUGGCGGCCUCAGCGGUGGAUGCAUCCAGGUCCCACAAGGCAUGGCAUUCGCUCUGCUGGCCAACCUUCCUGCCGUCAAUGGCCUCUACUCCUCUUUCUUCCCCCUCCUGACCUACUUCUUCCUGGGGGGUAUCCACCAGAUGGUGCCAGGUACCUUUGCCGUUAUCAGCAUCCUGGUGGGUAACAUCUGUCUGCAGCUGGCCCCAGAGUCGAAAUUCCGGGUCUUCAACAAUGCCACCAAUGAAAGCUACGUGGACACGGGGGCCAUGGAGGCCGACAGGCUGCACGUGUCGGCAACGCUAGCCUGCCUGACGGCUGUCAUCCAGAUGGGCCUGGGCUUCAUGCAGUUUGGCUUUGUGGCCAUCUACCUCUCUGAGUCCUUCAUCCGGGGCUUCAUGACGGCCGCUGGCCUGCAGAUCCUGAUCUCCGUGCUCAAGUACAUCUUCGGACUGACCGUCCCCUCCUACGCAGGCCCGGGGUCCAUCGUCUUUACCUUCAUUGACAUUUGCAAAAACCUCGCUCACACCAACAUCGCCUCGCUCAUCUUCGCUCUCAUCAGCGGUGUGGUCCUGGUGCUGGUAAAGGAGCUCAAUGCCCGCUACAUGCACAAGAUCCGCUUCCCCAUCCCAACAGAGAUGAUUGUGGUAGUGGUGGCAACAGCUAUCUCCGGAAGCUACAAGAUGCCCAAAAAGUACCAUAUGCAGAUCGUGGGAGAGAUCCAACCUGGUUUCCCCGCUCCCGUGUCGCCUGUGGUUUCGCAGUGGAAGGACAUGCUCGGCACGGCCUUCUCCCUGGCCAUCGUGGGCUAUGUCAUCAACCUGGCUAUGGGCCGGACCCUGGCCAACAAGCACGGCUAUGAUGUGGAUGCUAACCAGGAGAUGAUCGCCCUGGGCUGCAGCAACUUCUUCGGCUCCUUCUUCAAGAUCCACGUCAUUUGCUGUGCUCUCUCUGUCACUCUGGCCGUGGACGGAGCUGGAGGAAAAUCCCAGGUGUCAAGCCUGUGCGUGUCCCUGGUGGUGAUGGUCACCAUGCUGGUCCUGGGGUCCUAUCUCUACGCUCUCCCCAAGUCUGUGCUAGGAGCCCUGAUUGCUGUCAACCUCAAGAAUUCGCUCAAGCAGCUCGCCGAUCCCUACUACCUGUGGAAGAAGAGCAAGCUGGACUGCUGCGUCUGGGUGGUGAGCUUCCUCUCUGCCUUCUUCCUGAGCCUGCCCUAUGGUGUGGCGGUGGGGGUCACCUUCUCCGCCCUGGUUGUGGUCUUCCAGACCCAGUUCCGUAAUGGCUAUGCUUUGGCCGAAGUCAUGGACACUGACAUUUACGUGAAUCCCAAGACCUACAAUAGGGUCCAAGAAAUCCAAGGUAUAAAGAUCAUCACUUACUGCUCUCCUCUCUACUUCGCCAACUCAGAGAUCUUCAGGCAAAAAGUCAUUGCCAAGACAGGUGUGGACCCCCAGAAAGUGUUGCUGGCCAAGCAAAAGCACCUCAAGAAGCAGGAGAAGGAGAGAACAAUGCCCCCGCAACAGAGGAAGUCUCUGUUCAUGAAAACCAAGACUGUCUCCCUGCAGGAGCUGCAGCAGGACUUUGAGAACGGCUCCCCGACUGACCCCAACAACAACCAGACGCCUGCUAACGGCGCCAGCGUGUCCUACAUCACCUUCAGCCCUGACCACUCCACCGCUGCCCAGUGCGAGCCCCCAGCCUCUGCUAAGCCCAGUGACACGCUGGCCAGCGUCCCACCCUUUGUCACCUUCCACACCCUCAUCCUCGACAUGAGUGGGGUCAGCUUUGUGGACCUGAUGGGCAUCAAAGCCCUGGCCAAGCUGAGCUCCACCUAUGAGAAGAUCGGGGUGAAGGUCUUCUUGGCGAACAUUCAUGCCCAGGUGUACGAUGACAUCAGUCAUGGAGGCCUCUUUGAAGACGGGUGUCUAGAACGCAGUCACAUCUUUCCCAGCAUACACGAUGCGGUCCUCUUUGCCCAGGCACAGGCCAGGGAAGUGGCCCCAGGACGCGACUUCCAAGGGGCGCCCGUGGACCCUGAGCUUUCUCUGUACGAGCCGGAGGAGGACAGCCCCAGCUACUGGGAUUUAGAGCAGGAGAUGUUCGGAAGCAUGUUUCACGCAGAGACCCUGACUGCCCUGUGA